AUGGUGUAUUGUGGCAAGCCUUCGAAAGGAUGCCAAGCAUGCAGAGACAGGAAGACACGAUGUGAUCGUGCCACUCCAUCAUGCAGCCAGUGCAUACGCGGACAACGGCCCUGCCCAGGUUACCGGGACCAAUUAGAUCUUAUAUUUCGGGAUGAAAGUGAAGCUGUAAUUGGGAAGGCCAAGGGGAAGGCAAAGGCAAGUUCAAGUUCAAAAGCAAAACAAAAACAAAGGCCGGCGUCAAAAUCGCCGGCGUCGACAAUCAGUAGCGACAACUGGACCCCACCAGUCGACGAUGAGCAGGAAUACUUGAAGAAAGAAUUCGCUGAGCUUGUAUUGGAACCUAACUUGCACGGAGGCUUUGUUCAGGAAAUGGUACCUUUUGGUUCAUUGGGUUCAUUCAACCUUCCUCCAAAGACACCACUUGAAUUUCGUGCUCAGGCUUUCUUCUACUCAAAGUCGCCCCUGUGGCUUCGAAACUUCGAGUUUCUAGGCGCGUUAUGCAACCAAACCAACGCAGAUGAACAUCUCCUCGCCAGCAUGAGCGCCGUCGGUCUCGCCAGUCUCUCCAACACCCUCCAUACACCCGAGCUCCUAACCAGAUCUCGAAAAGACUAUGUCAGAGCCCUCCGCCUCACCAACGCAGCUCUCAGAUCCCCUACCGACGUAAAGAAAGACAGUACCCUCUUCUCAGUUAUGAUCCUUAGCAUCUACGAAACCGUAACCGGCACCAACGAGCGAUCCCUAAACGCCUGGACUGAGCACGUCAACGGGGCCACGGCCCUUGUUAAGCUCCGCGGUCUCGAACAAUUCGAAACAGAGGCUGGCCAGCGCAUGUUUAUCCAAGUCCUGGCUUACAUCAUGCUCUCCUGCAUCCAGCGAACAAUUCCCAUGCCAGCACACAUGAUCGAGCUGCGCAACAUCGCCGCAAAACAUAUGGAUACAGGAAAGACCGCCUGGCGCUCCACCGGCGUCAUCAUCGACUUCACCAUCUUCCGUGCUGCAAUCCGGGACUCGAAAAUCGUUGGUCCGCGCAAUGUAGUCAACGGCGCGUUGGAAAUCGACAAUCGCUUCGCCGAAAUCUUCAGCCGAGUGCCGAAAGAAUUUAGAUACGAAACCGUAUACACGGACGAGAAUCCACAUCUGGUAUGGAAUGGCAAGUAUCACAUUUAUAGCGAGCAUUGGUCGGCGCAGAUCUGGAACGGGACGCGCACGUGUAGGAUUUUGCUCGGUGAGACAAUAAGGGACCAGCUGAUUGCUGAUGCUAAAAGUCUGGUGCCGAGCUUUUCACCAGAGGAAAAUGAGGCGAUUUUCAGGGAUUCUAAGGUAGUUUCGAUGCAGUGUUCGCGGGAUAUUCUUGCUUCGGUUCCGCAGCAUACUUCUGCGCAGGACUCGACGGAACCGGCGCGGCUAUUGACGGGGUCGAGAGGCAAUUUUAUAUUAUGGCCGUUGUAUCUGGUUGGGGUGAUGGAUCUGUCGAGUGAUGAGGUUAGGGCGUGGGUCUCGCAGCGGUUGUGCAGUAUUGGGGAUGUGGCAGGUAUUAAACAGGCUAGGUUGUUAGGAGAAUUUAUUGCGAAUCGGAAUAACCCCUUUCAGUGGGAGGUUAAUGAGGUGUUCAAGGAAGGGUUUUUAACGAUGGCUGGGAAUCAGACCAGGUUUGAGGAAUCGGAUGAAGAGGGAGUUAGACUAAAUGAAUGA